UUUAACCAAUCCUUAGCAUAAUCCAAUCUGUCCGCUUUCCUGUUCCUGUGUUCCAUUUUUAAGUCAUCUUUAAUCUUGCACUUGUUGUGCUAUCUACUUAAGAGAUAGGAGUUGUGACUUGAAGCUUACGUACGCCUUGCGCUCUGUUUCCUUGGUUGUGGUAUAGAGAAUUCACGCUACCUUUUCGACUCCGGCAUACAAAGCCCAUGGUAGCCAUGAGCAGCACCAUCGGCACCAACAACGGCCGAAGCACCGCUGGCACUCCUAUGCAGGAACCUGCAGUGGAUCAACGUAGACAGCCACAGUCCCCGUUUUCGUCUGCUCACUCAUCGAAAUCAAGAAGACGUUCCUUUUCCGAGCAAUUUGAGGAAUUUCCGAGUAAGCUUCAGUUUGCUGUCUUGGCCUGUGCUGUCUUUUUGUUCUUUGGCUUGCACAACUUCUUGCAAGAAGCCAUUAUGAAUGUUGAAGGCUUUCAUCGGGGAGUCAUGCUGGGAUACACGGAAGUCUUGGGUGUCGCAGUUUGUUCUUACUUGGAACGCAAGUUUCUACAGAACAAAGAAGAAGUGGAGCGUGUCGCUCCUCUAUCAGCCUACCCCCUGCUCACUGCUUGCCUCAUGACGAGUUCGGCUCUUUCCAAUAUUUCACUCAACUACAUUAACUUUCCUACAAAGGUUGUCUUUCGCUCCUGUAAAUUGUUACCCACAAUGGCAAUUGCUUCAAUCAUUCAUCGAAAAAUAUUUUCCGCCACCGAGUAUUCAUGCGCCUUUGCUGUUUGCGCCGGUCUUGUCUUGUUCGCUGCAGCGGAUUGGGAACUUGCACCGUCUUUUCAUCCUAUCGGACUAGUCUUGGUCACCUUAUCCGUUUGUGCUGACGCCAUUCUACCUAACGCACAAGAACGAAUAUUUCGACUCGGUGCGUCCCGACUCGAAGUCACAUUCUAUACCAACAUCUUUUCUCUCCUCGCCUACACUACCACUACACUUCUUUCGGGUGAUUUGACGGCCACCAUUCGACUCGUACUUCAGAAUAGGCAAUUGGCGGUAUACUUUACUGUCUAUACCUUGAUUGCCUACGUGGCGAUUUCUGUACAUAUGAUGGUUGUAAAGCGCUUUGGUGGAGUGGCUGCAGUAUUGGUGGCAACGGGUCGCAAAGGUAUGACUCUCAUUCUGAGUUUCCUCUUUUUCCCCAAAUCCUUCAGUUGGUUUUACCCCGCCGGAGCUUUCCUCGUAUUGGGAGGAUUGCUUGUAUCAACUUUGGCCAAGCUGCGGGGGAAGUCGCAUCCUGCACAACCAGCUUACGAUCAACACCACGGUGCGAAAGGAACUUUGUCAACCUACCGGGGACUCAAGCAGCACGUCAGUGAUAUUGAACUCGCCAGCGGCACCUCUACGACGUUCUCUUCGCCCCCCUCUUCACCGCCCUCAUCGUCAUAUGUGCGAGACGAGAAAGCCAGUCAAUAGCCUCAAUCGGACGCAACCCGCCAGGCAUGGAUAUGGUACCAUACUCUAAACUUUGAACAGAAUCAAUGCCCCAAACAAGACCUUGCUCAUAGUGAUGUCGCGGAGAUCGCCAUAUUAAAAGAGUUUGGAUCUAAUGUGUUGUCGCAUAGGUGAGAGUUUUUGGGGAGCUUUCCUCGGGAAUAGUAUCCAAAGCACCUCCCAAAUGCCAUGCAGCAAGUCUUAUGAUUCGAUGACUAUAACGGUGCCAUGCGCACAAUUGUUUUGCCGGCCACUACAGCUCCGAAUUCCCACCCACGCCAGCCAUUAGACAAAGCGCGUAAAGGAUACUGCUUCAUAUAGUCGUUUUUGUCUGACUUUUGAUUUGUGGGCCCAAAGCAACACAUGAAAUCUUGAAUGGACAAUCUGUCACAAUGUUGUAAACCGGGCAAUGAUUCGGAAUUAGACGAGACCAACGAAGUAAGUGGUAACAAUCGAACGCCACGAAGGAGCAAUGAAUCGUAGCAUCACAGCUGUGCCCAUUUUGAAGUCUGUUUCACACAUAGCUUUCCUUAUCAUAUCGAGCUCCGUCUUACAAUACAAGCGGUAUCAAAAUAGGAUGACAACAAAGAGGACAGCGGUCCCUACCUGGAAGGCUCAGAAGCCGGAAGUACAGACAAGAUAGCCUGGUAAAGCUGUUAGAUCUAUUAACCUACGAAAGGUGGGUGGGUGAUACUUCGAGGCGAGAUGUUAGUCUUUGACACUUUACAAACAUUGUCUCAGACUGAUCCAAAAGAAGGGUCCACUCGCGAUGAGCAACGGUUUUGUUCGAUUGAACUUGAUUGACUGAAUCAAUGAUCAGAUUGUCGACGAGAUGCUGUCUAUCAUGAGCUGAUAUACAAGAUCGCUGCAGUCGUUAACAUAGGUAGUACCGUAGCUCGUGGGAGCUUUUCUUUGUCAAGUUUCAUGUGUGUAACGAAGAAGGCGCCAACGCUCUUUUCGCUAGCGACUGGUGGGGACUGUGUCCGUGAAUUCCUCCCAAGCUAUGGAUUUUUCACCAAGGCCCUAAGCCCGGUUGUAAUUAUACAACUGAUCGUUGCCACCCCUUUCAGAAGCUAUGAUUUAUCUUGCAAAGACUUCGCUGUAAAGAGUGCUGCUGAGGAGCAAAGGUCUAUUGCGUUUUCUCACAAAUUUAUCAGAUCGCGUAUCACUCAACACCCAAAUGGUGCUUCCGCGAACAAGAAGCACCGUCAAUCAUGAUCUUGGAUUGCCUACAUUGCUAACCACUCCUUUCAGUCUUUUUUAUACAAUUUUUGUAGCCAAGCAUGAUAGCGCUAGCCUGGAGCUACAAAUCGUUUUCCGGAAGCAGAAUGGCAGAAACAAAGGGCUGGAGCACUCCAUUGGAAAAUGUCUUACAAUUAGUACAGAUGUCGAGUAUCAACAUUACAUACCUUUGAGUCCGUAUAUCUCUUGAAGGAACGGAGGAAGUCUAUUGGUCGGACGACGUGUAUUGGCAUCCAAGUGCAUGAUAUCAACAACUCCCUGGGCAAUUCCAACAUCAUUCACGAAGGCCGUUUGUCGACACUCGAGCACCAUACCACGACGUUUCGAGUUGACGACUGUUUUAACCGUAACAGUUUUCUGCGCUCUGGCAACUGGCAGAGACCGAAUGAAAGCAUCCUCCGUCUUAUCUAACAGUAACAUACAGUCGGAAAUGGUCGUCACUACCAACAAAAGACUGUAUUCGUCCUUGAGACGCCGCAGCCCAGUAGGGCCACCCAAAAAAUUACUGCGACCGCGUUCAAAAAGAUUGAGCACACUUCGCAGAGGUAAUGAGUUUGGGAGGUGUGGAUCGUACUCGUCUCGAAAGGUGACAUACGUAGUGUUUGAUAUAACCUCUUGGUUUCCUCUAAGCGGAAUUUGCUGCGGCAAGGCCGCAUGUAGAGCCCCAGGCCGAGCCAAAACAACACCGUCUGCUGUGUUGUAUAUCGUAGAGCCAUCUGGGCUCCUCAUAACGAGGUUCCACACUUCCACAUUUCCGACGUCUGGUGUCUCGAUCAGAGUUGCGACAAUAAUGUAUUGGUCCCCCAAGGCGGGUGAUGACUUGAACUUUUGCUGACGAACGCUCACAAUUGACCAAUCGAGGUGCUUCAGCAACGGAGUCUUGAUGCCGAUGUUUUCGGGGAUUGUCGACGACGCAAUAACUCCGGCCUGCAAAGCGCGAUCAAAAGCACGGAGGUAGUUUGCGUUGUACAAAACGCCGUACGCGUCGGUAUCUUCAAUGUACACCGGAGUCGGCUCGGACACAAUUACUACACGUUGCGAUUCCAUAUCCGAAGUAGGCUCUCCAGAAUUCUCGCCCUUGUGCAUCGAAUCUGUUGACAUUGUUCGAAGUGAAGCACAAGCCGGUAUCGGUUCUUUCCGAUUUAACAACACGAAAGAAGAUGCGUCUUCGAAAAAUAUAAAAAGAAGAAUUCCGACAAACAUAUACACCGUCAAAAACGUUACUCGUACGAGUUUGCACUCAGCCAUUGUCUGCGCAAGCAAAUAUCACUUUCAAAUAGACCGAAACAGGAAUUUCGGGGGUAACCACCUCACCGCGAUGCGAUGACGUCUCGGAGGGUCCCACUCUGAAAUAGCAAUAGGGUGCUCGUUGGCUGACGAAGGCUUGAACAACCACGUUUCAAGGAUCACUUGGUUGAGGUUCGAUCGCCACUGGAUGCUACUCGAUUUACUAUUGAUGGUUUCCUACAAGAUUGCUGCAGUAGUGUGUAGAUUCAAUACACAGACUGUGCUUGCCUGCUUCUCCUUGCAGUGAUACCUCCACU